AUGCUGCGUUGUCGGUCAUGCAUAGCCAAAUCCAGUGAGACCAGCCGUGGCUCGGAAGAACCGCAAGGAGCCCCGGCUACAGCAAAUGCGGUCAAGGAUGAAGGAUCAAUCACCAAAGGAGAUACAGUGUCUCCUCCUGCUGAAGGGCAGGUUGCACCCGUGCCAGGCUCUCAUGGCUCUUCUCCACAUCCCUCCGCAGACGCUGCUGGGAGUCCCCCUGCUCACCAGGAAAGUGCCUCUCUUGGGAGAGAUCCUCGCAGCCAAUCCAAACAAAAGAACACGGACCCGAGCCAAAUUCGGAAGACUUUGAACUCGACAGAGAAGCGUGGAGGCACGCGAGCCCUCGUAGAAAAGACAAGGGAAGCAUUUUUGCUGCAAAUGGCGAUUGAUACUCGCAAGGCAGAAAUACUGAAGCUUCACGACCGAGCGGCGGAAAAGUCAGAGGCCGUACGCAAAGCGGAAAGCAUGCUUACGCGGGAUGCGCAGAAGUUUGACGAGUUCCUCCGGAGCAGUGAUGCGGCUGCUCACGAAGCCAUUCGGAAAGCAGAUGAGGCGGCGCGGGUUUCUCAAGAGAAAGCAACAGCUGUUCGGCAGCUUCGUCAGAAGCUUGACGCCACGAAGGCUCGAGCAGCAUCUAAUCGAGAAAAAGUUCAGGAAUAUUCGAGAUACAGAGCUUUCCUAACGCAUAUUACUCCCCAGGACUGGCUCAAAGACCAGGAAGAGCUCUCUAAGGAGCGCGUACAGCAGCAAAAGCAGCAGUGGGUGCAGAGUCAGCUACAGCAGCAGCAACUACAGUAUGCCGCAGACCUAGAAGGAAUUGAUGACGAACUCCGCGAAAAACUUCAGGAGCUUGAGAGGAAGAAAUCCCGUGGAGUUAAAGCAAGUGCUGGACCGCGAAAAGAAUUGGAGGAAAGGGCUGAAAAGAAAAAAAAACAGUUAAGCAGAAGACUCAAGACUGCAGCAGAGUUCGAGAACAUGUUUGAUGGUAGGUGGAUCGUUAUGCUGGACUGGGACAUUACUGGCUUAGCCCAACGAUUUCUUGAGGAGUUGGAAGCGAUGGAGAAGCGUUUCGCUAACACUCGAGCUGAAAUGGGGGCGCGAUUGGAAGGACUUGAAGCAGUUAUUGCCCAGCUUCAGCAACAGCUUCAACAGCAGCGUGCCAAAUGCAUGCAGCAUCGAGAAGAACUGGCCUCGCAGGAACAAGAGUCGGAUGCAUCUGCCGCACUCCAAAAGUUGACUGUCCACGUAUCGGCCAUACAUGCAGCUUGUGGCUUUGAAAGUAACCGAUCUGCACUGAUUUGCCCAGCAUGUAGGAGAAAAGAGGCGUCUGCUGACUGCCUACGCAUGUUAGAGCAGAUUGAAGCUCGGCUCGACUCUCACCUUGCAGCUCUUGCCAAGCACGAAGGCAAGAAUCCAAGCGCUACUUCCAACAAAUGCAGCCAGUAA